AUGUCUGUCAGCAGCGUUUCCCUCUCAGGCUCUCACUCUGUCUCGAAGACUACUGUACCCAGUAUAACGCUCAUUCCGAACCAUGGUGUCAAAGGCGACGCCCAUGCGGGACCAACUGUCCAGCACCGACCCUUACGAACUGCCAGGCCGUCUGACGUAAACCUGCGCCAGGUCCACCUAAUGCAUGCGGAAAUCCUUCAGCGAGUGUGUAAAGACCCUGCGACCGGAGUGAAGGACAUCGCCCUCAGGCCAGGACAACUGGGGGAGAACAUAACUACUCAGGGCAUUGAUCUGCUCUCACUGCCCAAGGACACAAAAUUGCUGUUUGUGGACGGCAAGACAGCCAGACAGGACGCACCAACUCUCAGACUGACUGGUUUACGCAACCCCGGUCCCCAGCUUGACGCUAUGAAGAAGGGGCUGAAGGACCGCUUCUUGGUGAAGGAUAGUCGCGGUGUGGUGGUCGGAUACAUGGCUGGUGUCAUGAGUGUUGUCGAGAAAGGAGGUGACAUUCGACCGGGAAUGGAGAUUGUGGUCCAGAAACCAGCCACAAACCUGGCUCUUAACUGUAUUUAA